AUGACCAUUUUUUCAGGUGGAUGUUGUGCUCAAUUCAAUGAAGGAGUAGGGAGAGUAAUAGAAGACUAUAACGUGUUAUGUUCAGAAUGCCCGUUAAAUUACUUCACAAAUGAGACAUGCAAAUAUCCCACUUGUGUACAAUCAACUUUGAAAGCAAACAAAACAAUUAAAUUCAGUUUGCAAGAUGAUCAGCCAAUUACUCAAGUUCCAAAAUCAAAUGAAUCUGAAACAGGCAAGAUCGACUGUGACACUUUUGAACGUUCAAAACGACAUGUCAAGUGCGCCUUAAGACGACUCAAAACUUUGACAGAAACCACUGAAUCCACUGAAUCCACUACUUCAGAAAGCAAUGAAAAGAAUAAAACCAGACAAAAUACUACAAUGCCGUCUGUAAUUUUCAUCAGUAUAGGGGUUUUAUGCAGUGUAUUUACGUUACUGAUCCUGUUAUACUGCUGCCGAAAACGUUUAUCUUGGUCUUGCCAUGCAUCUAAAAAAAAUUUGCUGAGAAGAAUGAAGAAAACGGAAAAAUCUAUGUGCAACGUAUUACAGAAUGUGAUGGAAUCGCAAAUCCGGAAAAUGAAAUCCAUGAUGUUCUUUUACAAAAUAGAUCUUCAAGUACUGACCCAACGUGAAAAGGGAAAACAAGAAAUUGUGAAAACAUAAUAUACUUUUGAGUGCCCCAGAUAAUCCGUUCUUGGAAUUCUAUAUCUAUGGCAUUUUUAGUAUAUUUUUGCUUAGGAAUUUUUUUCUGAUUUAAGCAUGGGUCCUCGAAUUUACUUUUCUAUAAUAAAUUGGGGAGCUUAGAUGGCAGCUUUUUGUGAAAGUGUUUCCUUAUUGUAGUGUCAUGUAAAUUAAUUUAUAUAUAUGU